AUGAGGAUCAUCACGGUUGUAGCAGUAAUCCUUUCUGGAUAUAUCAAACUCGUUCGGCUCGCAGUUGCUCAGGACGCAGGUUCAAUAGGAGAUGCGCCAUCCGAGGGAGACCUCAAUGGCUCGAAUUUUACGUAUCCGUUUCCUCUGAAGACGUAUAAGUUUACGUCGCAACAUCAAGAGGUUGAAAUGGCAUUCAUGGAUCUUUCACCGACAGUUGAACCGAACGGAAAGGUCGCUAUCUGCCUACACGGAAAGAAUUUCUGUGGACCUACUUGGGAGGCGACAGCUAGACAACUUUCGGCAUCAGGCUAUAGGGUUAUCUUGCCGGAUCAGCUUGGCUUUUGCAAAUCAUCCAAGCCGAAGUCUUACCAAUAUACGCUACAGCAGCUCUCAUAUAACACGAGAAACUUGCUGCAUGCGUUAGGCAUUGAGAAUGUGACUGUGAUCGGCCACUCUCUGGGAGGCAUGACAUCCGUGCGCUUCGGCUUGAUGUUCCCUGAAAUUGUUGAGAAGCUUGUCCUAGUGAACCCCCUUGGAUUGGAGGAUUGGAAGGCCCUCGGUGUGCCGUACAAAAGCAUCGACGACCUAUACAUCUCCGAGUCUGCAAGUAACUACACUUCUAUCCGAGAAUAUGAGCAAUCAACAUAUUAUGUAGGGAAGUGGGACGACUCAUACGAUAUAUGGGUGAACAUGCUAGUCAAUAUCUACCAGGGCAGCGAAGCGUCUACAUUUGCUUUCGAUCAAGCACUUGUUACUGAUAUGGCAUUGAGUGCACCAGUGGUAUAUGAAUUCGGCUUACUAAAGCCUCGGACUCUUUUGCUGAUAGGCGACAAAGAUAACACAGCACUGGGCAAGCAAUGGAGCCCACCGGAGGUGCAGGUUAAAUUAGGUCACUAUGAUGUGUUGGGGAAACAGGCUGCUGCCGCCAUACCAAAUGCAGAUUUGAUAGAAUUUGCUGAUUUAGGACACGCGCCUCAAAUUCAAGAACCAGAUAGGUUUCAUGAGGCUUUGUUAGGGUGGUUAGAGGGAUAA